AUGAAGAAUAUUCAUGGUAUCGUCAACGUUCCAGUCCAUUUGAGACCAGCUACACCGAUCACCGCUCAACCAGCACGACCAAGCGUCAUACAGUUCGCACCUCUUGCCGCUCCGCAGGGAGAUAUUCAAAUCGCGCCGCAGAUAUUUGUCCCCGAUGUUCCUGCUGGUGCCUCGAACAUGUUAACCGAAGACGAGAUUUGCAUGGCAGCUAUGGACGAAUUCGAAGAUACAGGUUAG